CCCAGAUAUUCACAAAAUAUUUUAGAUGUUCAACUGAAAAGUCCGAUAUGAAAAUCAUAUUGCUGUUCAAUAAAUUUGUCGAGGUGAGGUUAAUGACUGAAGACUCCUCCCCAAAACACAGAGGACAAAAAUGUGAUACCACUUGAUAGAAGAUCUUCAUAUAUCUUCAUAAACAUAUUGGAUUAAAUACUAACAAGAUUUGUGUCAUUAUACAAGCGCAAUGAGUGAAAGGAAACAUCAUGAACGUAGCGAACAUGAUGACGAUUGUAAUGUAAUUUAUACGAAACGGCAAUGGGUAGGGCCACACCCUGUCGAUUUCAAUGUUUCAAGUGACAUAAAUAAGUCGUUGCUCAAAAGAGAAACGUGGAAUAUCAAAAAGGAAAUGAACAAAAAACCAAAUAUCCAACUUGCAUCGGUCAAUGUUGAUUUGCUGGACACCAUAAACGUCAUUGACACAUUCGACAGACCAGCAGAUGCCAGCACAAAGGGCAGAUAUGCUCAGUGUGGAAAAUAUGCAUUAGGCUUCGAAGACAAACCAGGACACCGGAUUCCGAAGGCUGGAGUCUACGCGGAAGCAGGAGUGGGUCGUGUUGCUGCUGAAGUGAGUGUAUUAGAGGCAGAAGCCAAAGGCCCGAACGCCUCGGCUGGGGUUGGAGCCAGUGUUACUGGAGCUGGAAUGAUGGCUCGUGCUGAAGUCGGCAGUGUUUCAGCCAAAGCCGGACCUGUUGCUGCAAAACUGGGACUUGGAGUUGAUACAGGGGUAUCUAUUGGUGCGGGUGGGCUCGAGGCAAAAUUCCUGGGAACUGGAAUUACGUUUGGUCCAAAAACCAGUGUAUCUCUGUUGGGCUCAGAGGUUUCAUGUUCAGUCAUGUAGUUGUUCGAGUUAUCUUUGAAUAGAGAGGGUAGGAGCUCGGUCACUCACUCUCCGCUGGCCUCGGAAUUGCUGGAGGAAGUGUCUGGGGAGAGGGAAGUCUGGGCGUCCCUGCUUAGACUGCUCCCCGCGACACGGCCCAGAUAAGCCGAAGAAGAUGGAUGUCUUUUAAAUAAACUAAGGUUUAGAGAAAAUAUUAAAUUUUAUAAUGUAAAAUGACAUUUAUUAACAAUAAGUGUUUUAUGAUUAAAUACAUCGAAAAAGUCAUCUUAAAAAAUACCAUUAUUAAUGAUGAUGAUUUUUUUUAUUACCUGUAUAGUUAUUCAAAUGGUGUAAAUGUUCUUUGUUCGCAUUACAAUUUAUUCAUUGACCGACAUCUGUCGAGUGUCAAUUUAAAUUAAAUAAACCUUUCAGUUUAAUCACCA